AUGUUUAGGCUAAUCCAUUUCUGGGAAGCUAAAAACAAUUCGAAUGAAGGCAUCCUACUUGGGGUCGAGAUACUGAUUAUUGAUGAAGCGCUCAGGGAUUCAUCCCUAAAAACCGUCUCAACCGAUAUGAGAAUGAUCUUGAACGUGGCUGUAUCUACACUCUCACAAACUUCUUUGCAUCCAACAACAAGGUUGGCUGCUGCUUCUUCAGUCAACAAGAUAGAGAUAGUUAAAGUUGAAACGCUCACAAUACGUGGGAUUGCUGCCUUCAUCAACCAUGAGCCAGCUAAGAUUGCCUACUUUGACUGCAUUUCCACAUUCUAUGAUGUCAAGCUUGGUACUGAGUGGUAUUACAUUGCUUGCAAGGAUUGUCAAACAAAGUUAAACCAGGGACCUACAACUUUCAAAUGUCCAAAAUGCAGAAAUGAAAAUGCUACAUCAAUAGCUAAUUUCUGGGUGGAAUUAUCCGUCUAUGAUAGUGAGGAGCAGUCCAUGUUCAUCAUUCUUGGAGAUGCUGGGAAAGAGCUGACAGGCAGAAGAGCAACAGAGCUAAUCGAUAAAUAUGCUGAGGAAAAUGGUGGCGAUGCUGCUGAGCAUGAGGUCCCACUACCACAAUGUUUCAUUGAUACCAUAGUACAAACACACAAAUUCAGGAUCAAGGUGGCCCACUUCAAUUUCACAUCGAAGAUGUCCUUGACUAUUACAAAAUUAGUCUCCCAGCAGUCCGACCUCCUAAAGACCGACCAGCUGACAUGCCAGCUCUGCCUCCAGCCAGAUCAAGGUGGCCCACUUCAAUUUCACAUCGAAGAUGUCCUUGACUAUUACAAAAUUAGUCUCCCAGCAGUCCGACCUCCUAAAGACCGACCAGCUGACAUGCCAGCUCUGCCUCCAGCCAGUGAGGUGGAUAUCUCAGUGGUGACUGAAAGCAGUGGUGGAGGAUCUCCAUAUGCAAACUGUCUUCCCUCAUCUACUGAGGAGCAGCAGAAACCAAAGCGCCCCAGGC